UCACGUAAUAAUUUAAGUGGAUUAUGUAGUUAAGAAAUUUUGAAACAAGAUUGGGAUACUGUAUUAUACUCAUUUUAGUUUUGCUUGAUUGGUUGUCUAUAUUUAUUAAGACAUUUUCUACUAGAAAAGAUAAACUGUCUUCAGAAGGCACUGCGACAGAUGACAUUUCAAAUGAUUCAAUUUUUGGGUUAGAUUUAAUGAAGGAGAAUGAUGAACUAUAUUCGGUUGAAAGAAGACACUGGUUUAUAAAUUACGUAUCUCUGAAUCGAUUUCUUCUUAAUGGCAUUUGGGUGAUAAAAAACGCUAUUGUUCGUUGGAAAAUUAAAAAUUAUUUCGAGUUUUCCAUCCGCCUACUGUCCAAUUGUGACAGGAUAAUGACAAUUGAUUAUGAGGUAUCGUGUGGUACCCUCGUGGGCGGAUUAUAUAUAGCCGAAGGGCGGCAUUGUGCACGUUUUGGUGAUACCGAUCGCUUGGUACUGGGCGACUCAAAAAAAUAAAGGAAACAUUCAAACAAAAAAAAAUAGAAAAGGAAUGGGCAAUACGGCAUACCUUUUAGUGAUUCUUGGAUUCGCCCUUUUGGCAUCAGCUUUACCUGAGGAAUCUGUUAGUGAUGAAGAUAACAUUAUUUGGCAACAUAUGUAUCAACAUGCUCAUAGAUUUGACGAACCCCUAGUACGAAGAAAACGCGAUUUAAAACACUCUGAUCCAUCUUUAGAAAGUGUAGAUGUCAAUCAAAACUUGGAUAGAAGACGAAGAGAUGUUCCUAAAAGACGAACUAAACGAGAAAAUUUAGAUUCGGAUGGAAACUUAAGUAUUCAAAGAAAUAAAAGGCAGUCGCAAUAUAUUCCUUUGCCUAACCAAGGAUCAAAUUUAUAUGGAUCACCCAUGGGAGGAAGUUCAUUUAUGAGAUCACCAAACCAGCUUUACUCUCCACAACAUUAUCCAUACGAAAAUGCUUUAUCAGGCUUACCACCAAAUCAAUUACCAGGAUAUAUACAACAAGAAGAUCCUUGUAUAAUACUGUUAAAAAACAUGAUGCGACAUUGGUUAAAUUCGAUGUUAAUCCAUCAAACAAACGGUCAAUACGAUAAAUUCAAAGAAUUAAAAUCAUACUAUAACGAAGCCAACGAAAUAAUUUUAAGAAUGGAUACGAAAAAAUGUUCUGCUUUUAUCGAUUCUAUUCGUCAAACGUCGAUUUUUCACGAUCAAGAUGAACCAGAAAUACAUUCUUCACCAACAGACUUAACAGAUUCGCCAAACUUACAAACAACAACGCCUUCAACACCUGUUAUUAGAAGUGAUUUCAAUGAUCACAUUCAAAAUGAUUUAGUUAAUACAAAUAAUUCGGAACUACUUGAAAAAUCGACCAAACUAGAAGAUAAAUUAUUUAAAAACACCAGUAAAUCAGCGUCGAGAAUGAAAAGAAAAAAAGGACAAGUAUUGAAGAAAGUUAAAGAAGUUGAUUCUAUUAAAAGGAAAGAUAGGAAAAGGCGUAGGAAAUUAAAGCAUAUGAUGGAUACCGAUGACAUGGUAGAAAUAAAUAAAUUAAAACGUUUUGGAGAAUAUUACAAUCAAUAUGAAGAUGAUUAUUAUGGAGAUUAUCCGGGUCCAGGCGAUUAUUAUCCGAUGUAUUCCGAUUAUAUGCCGUUCAAUCGACCGCCCCCACCGAUGAUGGGAGGACCGAGAAGAUUUCGACAUAGAAGACCUUUUGGUCCAUACGGUAGACCACCGGGAGGAAAGCGAUUAAGAGGAGAGAUGGAAAAGGAACAAGAAGCGGAAAAGGAACAAGAAACAACAACACCUCCACCUCCUUCUACAGCACCCAUUAAUAUUGAUGAUCUACAAGAAGAUAUUCCAAUUCAGUUUCUUGACGAAGAACAUGACCUUGAAGAUGUAGAAUCCGCACCAACUGGGUUAUCGAAUAAUUUCACAACAAAUAAAGUAAAUGGUAAAAAUGAUAAUGAAAAUGUUGGGAAGUUAGAUAAUAUAAUAUUAUCACCAGAACAAAAUAAUGAAAAGCUUUUGGUUGCUUCAGAUUUGAACAAUAUUAUGUUUACAACCGCUAAUGAUCAUCAAAUAUUAGAUAACACUGUUACUUCUAAUACAUCUACGAUUUUACAUGAUGAAUCUGCUGGUUCGAACGAAUCUCAGUUAACAACUUUAUCGGAUGUAUCAACGACAAUGCCUCCUCCACCUCCAGACACAAACGAGAUAAUAAAUAAUAUAUUUAAAGAUAUUCAACAAGAUUUAAGAAAUAACGCAAUGGGAAAUGUAAAAAAAAAUGAUUCAAAACUUCCUUCCGAUAACGAUUUAGAAGACUCGAUUUUAAAAGAUAUUUUAUCUGGAAUGGACGAAGAUGAACAAGAAAACGUUUUGGAAUUAUUAGGGAAACCGCAGUCGCUUAAAGUUGCUGUGGAUCGAGUUGAUUCUUCUGAGAUACUGUCUGAUGAAAGUGAUCCCCAUCAAGAAGAAACUUCUAUAACUGGGAAUUUAUUUGAAGCAGAAGAAACACACUUAAAAAAUGGAAAUGAAUUAUUUGAAACGAAUAAUCAAUUAGAUGGUGAAAGGAAGAACCUUCAAUCACUUUUUAAUGAGACUCAAGUCAUUAAAGACAAUAAUCAAAUAGAAAGUGAAUUUGGAAAUGCAGCUAACAAUGAAACACAAAAAGUUAUUGAACUUAUGAAUGUAUCAGGACAUGAAUUGAUGAAGCCAGAAUUUUUAUUAAGUAAAUCACAAGGAACUAUUAUGGAGCAUAAUCAAGAACAAAAUGAAAUCAAAAAACCAGAAAUUAAUCUAGGAAAUGAAUUGGGAUAUGAUGGCGAAAAUGAAACUCGAAAUGCUUUUGUUGAUAUCAAUCCAUCAGCAUAUGAAAUACAACAAUCAGAAAAUACGACACAAGAAAUGGUUAGGGAAAUCAAUGAGGACAAAAAUGAGGUCAAACAAAUGGAAGUUACAAACCUAUCCGCACAUGAAUUAAUACAACUAGAAACUUUACAAAAUAAUUUAGAAAUAAUGACUGAAGGAUAUCAAGAUAAAUCUGAAACAGACAAGACUGAGAAUAAAUUCGAUAAAAUGGAAAGUAGCAAUGAAACUCAAAGUGUUAUUGAAGUUGUGAAUACAGCAGAACAUGAAAUGAAACCAUCCGAAUUUGUACUAAGCAAACCAGAAGCAACUAUGCUAAUGGAAGGUAACAAUGAAACUCAAAAUGUUAUUGAAGUUGUGAAUACAGCAGGACAUGAAAUGAAACCAUCCGAAUUUGUACUAAGCAAACCAGAAGCAACUAUGCAAAUGGAAGGUAACAAUGAAACUCGUAGUGUUAUUGAAGUUGUGAAUACAGCAGAACAUGAAAUGAAACCAUCCGAAUUUGUACUAAACAAACCAGAAGCAACUAUGCAAGGAAAAAAUGAAAUUGAAAAACCUGAAAUGAACUUUGAAAAUGGAUUGGGAGAAAUGAGAGGUGAAAAUGAAACUCAAGAAGUCAUUGAAGUUGUGAAUGUAUCAGAACAUGAAAUAAAACCAUCAGAAGUUUUGGUAAGUAAUCCAACAGGAUCUAUUCAAGAAAUAAAUGAAAUUGAAACAGCACAAAUGAAUUUUGAGAAUGAAACGCAAAAAGUUAUUGAACUUGUAAAUGUAUCUGAGCAUGAAUUAAUACAACCUAAGGUUUUGCCGAAUCAAGGAGAGAAUAUUAUUGAAGGAUAUCAAGGAAACACUGAAAUCAAAGAAUCAUCAUCAAGUGAGGAACAUCAAAUAAUACCGGAAGAUUUAGUAAAUAAUCCGCAAAAUAUUAUUGAACAAAGUAGUCAAGAAAAAAAUAAAAUUGAAAACGCUGCAAAUGUAAUCAAUACUUUAGGAAACUUAGGAGUUAACGAACUUAUAAAUGUAUCAGGACAUGAAGUAAAACAAUCCGAAAUUAUAGAGAGCAAAACAGUUAAUAAUGUUGAAGUAACCAAUCAGGAACAACAUCAAAUUACAGAAACAAUAAAUAAUUUAGAAAAUGGGUUGGAAGAAGUUGGAGUUAAUAAUACCGCUCAAGGGGUAUUUCAAGUUAUUGACGUGCCAGAACAUGAAAUAAAACAAUCAGAAACUUAUAUAAAUCAACCGGUGAAUCCUUUCGAAGGAAUCAUUCAAGAAAAGAAUGAAAUUGAAAAAGCUGAAAUAAAUGUAGAAAAUGAAUUGAAAAAAAUAAGCAAUGAAAAUAAAACUGAAGAAGUUAUUGAAGUUGUGACUGAAUUAAUACAACCAGAAAUUAUACAAACUAAAUCAGGAAAUAUAAUAGAAAGAUAUCAAGGAAAAAUUAUGGGAGAAGUUGGGAAUCUUGGGGAAUAUGAAAUAAAAGAAUCAGAAAAUACUGACAUCAAAAAAGAAGAAAUCAAUUUAAAAAAUCCAUCCAAUUUGGGAGAAGUAAAAUUUAUUAGAAAUGAAACACAAGAACUUACUGAAAUCGAAAAUAAUCAACUAAAACAAGAACUAAUUCAAUCAAAACAAGAAAUAAUUCAACCACAACAAGAAAUAAAUCAACCACUACAAAUGGAAUUAAAGUCGAUUGAAAUACUUACUCAAACAGAACAUGAAUUAAGAAAACCAGAAACUAUUACUAAUAAUAUUGAAUAUCUUAAUCAACCAAAACAAGAAAUAAUACCGCCAAUGAAAUCAAAUACAUAUGAAAUAAUCACUCAGCAACAACACUUGUUGAAGAAACCAGAAUCAAAUUUCAAUGAAAAUGAAAAAAUUCAUCCAACAAAACAAAAUACAAUACAAGUACAAGUAAAACAAUCCAAAACAAAUCCAAUUGAAAUGACUACUCAAUCACAACAUUGGUUUAGAAAACCAGAAUAUAAUCAAAAAAUGCGCAACAUAAUGGAAAUAGUCAAUCAGUCAAAUCAUAAAAUAAUGAGAUAUGAAUCUCUAACAAAUGAAAUUGAAAAAAUGAUCGAAAACAAUCCAAAUUUAAACAGAUUAGAUGAUUAUGAACCGGCUAAAAAAGUUAGUGAAUCUGAUUUUAAAAUGAUUCAAUAUGAUUUAGAAAAUAGGCAUUUAAAGAAACAAAACGACAAUUCUAAAAGUAAUAAAAUCGGAUCUGACUUUAAUUUAAACGCAUUAGAAACAACAAAAGAUUCUCAAGUUGUUAAACACCGUCCGCGAGUUGUAAAUUAUUUGCCAAUAUAUUCGUAUGGAACUCCAGAUAAACGUUCCGUAUUACACGUUAAAUACAUUAAUGAACCGAAUCAUCAGCAAAAUAUACCAGACAUGAAGACUCCGUUGUAUAAGUACCCUGCCAAAAGUGAUCGACGAUUAAAUCUAUGGAAUAUGGUACUUUUUAAUCCUUAUGAUGCAAACUUUAUUUUAAUUGAGGACUCGUUUCCAAACACAAUAAUUAAUUAUCCAUUUUAUUUACCAAAUAUAGCGCCAAAACCGUUAAAUUAUUAUUAAAAAAGUGAAGGUAAGAAAUAUUUGCUAUUAUUUUGUCCAUAUUCAUCAACAUUAUUCGUUUUCAUUUUGCACAUUUUAUUAUGUAUCUUUUAAAAUAUAUCACCAUAUAUAUCGUAAUUUGUAUUGCAUCAAUUCGCAUUAUAAUUAUUAAUAAUAAUUGUAUUUCUGAAAUCUGAAGCAUUAAGUUUCGUAGCAUUCUGUCCUGAAAUACUUGACUAUUUUUGAUGUUCGAGUCACUAGCAUAGCCCCAGCGUUGAAUGCUAUAGUGCCAUAUUGGUUUUAAAUCAGUAGUUUGUUAGAAAUUGAAAGUUUGAAGUUUUUUUUGGAGUAUUGCGUUUUUGAUUGUUUAUAAUUCCUCAGUGGAUAACUUCUGAUCUUUCUCCACUGCAAGUGAUGGUGUGUCACUAGUGUACAGGGUAGGACCCAAUACAUUGCUUUCAGGCGAUGAUUUUAAAAUAUCUACGUAUUGUAUUGGCAUUUUGUUUACUUUGUAUAUCAAGCUUUCAUGCUAAACUUUGUGCCACAAGCGUUUGACAAAGUUUUCCAUACUAAGCUAACCAUACU